GCCAGAGUGAGAGAGAACGUCCUCCAGCUGUGUGCAAGGACAUGCUCCUUGAAUGUUAAAACUACUUUGCUGCUGUUUCAAGCAUCUUGCGUGACAGGGGAACAGGGUCAACAGUCGAUUUGAGGUUUCGACUUUGGGAUAAGCGCGUGUUUUGCGUUUAUACACUGAAUUACGUUUUGAAACGUCGGCGUGGCACGAAUUUGAAGAAGUUGCCAAAAGUUUUCAAAAACUGAAAACUCCAGUCGGAUCGACAGCGGAGUAGAUAAUAUGAUCCUUCAAUGAGACCAGCUCCCUCUCCAAUAAGAGGAUGGAGUCUUACAUCCGUGGAGGAUGGUGGCGAUGGAUGUUCCGUAACGUCCUGCCAGUCGCCCUGCUGUGGAUGUCCCUGCAAAGACAAGCAGUGUUGAGCUGUAGUAACUCCAACUGCGUUGUGGUGCUCACGGACUCCCAGGGUACCUUUACCUCCCCCUGCUACCCCCAAGUGUACCCCAAAAGUCAGGCCUGCAAGUGGACUCUGCAGGCCCCGGCUGGAUUCAUUGUGCAAAUAACCUUCUUCGACUUUGAUCUCGAGGAGGCCCUGGGGUGCAUCUAUGACCGCGUCAUUGUCAACACCGGAAACCAAGAUAUGAAAUUUUGUGGCUUGACAGCCAACGGACUGACACUAAACUCCACCGGCAAUGUGAUGGAGAUGUCAUUUAACUCAGACUUUAGCGUCCAAAAGAAAGGAUUCAAUGUCAGUUACAGGCAAGUUGCCGUGGCGCUGAGGAAUCAGAAGGUCAUGUUGCCAAACGGCAAUGGCAAAGUGGUCAAGGUCUCCAAUUCAGUGACCAUACCGACCAUUCAGCAGUUCACCGUGUGCUUUGAGGUAGCCCGCUCCAACCAAAAGAACAAGGAAACCAUCUUCUCUUACACCCGGCUAGAGGACAGCAGUGGUGAUGAAGCCCUAAGUUUCGGAAUGAACCAGGAUGGAAUGGCACUGGUCAUGAGUAACGAGACAUGUCUGGUAGACUCUAUCCUCAAUCCCUCGGACUUCACCUCCACCAUGAAGCCAUUCUGUCUCACAUGGGCCUCCACCACAGGCAAGGUGGCCCUUUACUACAACAGCAACUACCGGACCAAGACCUGCUCUAACACAAGUGGGCGCUUGGUGGGGGCCGGGGGCCUUUUCAGGCUGGGGGGUAAGAAUAGCUUCGAUGGGAGCAUCUAUAACUUCCGCCUAUGGGAUAGCGCCAUGAGCAGGACACAGUUGGCCGCCCUCACCUGUGACGCCGUUGGCAACGUCAUCGACUGGGACAACAGCUUCUGGGACAUCCCCUCUUCACUGGCACAGACGGACAGAACACUGAGCUGCAUCUGUUUCCCACAUUGCAUACACUUAACAACAGCUGUUCCAUCUAGUGGUACCUCUGUACCCAUCUAUACAUCACACACCACCAGCUGUUCCUCUCCUGGACUGGACUGCCCAGCAACAUUAACUCCUACCAGCUCAUCCAUUGUCACCACUAACAUGAUUUCUACUAAUUCAACAACCCACGUUCUCUCUGCUACCACUUCAUCUGCCACAACUACUAGCAUGCCUCUAACUUCCAGCUCAACAACUGUUCAAACCACUACCCCGACCACUACUGCAGGAACUAAUGUUCCAACAUUACCCAGCACAACCACUGUUACUCAAACCGUUAUCCCAUCUGCAGCAGCCGCUACUAACACAACUCUAUUCUACAGCACAACCAAUGCACCGACAGCUUCUGCUACUACUUUUGUUUCAAACCCAGCUACGACUAACUCACCUACCACUAACAACACAGUGCAUGCCACUACUACACCACCGUCCUCGACUAACCUGUCUUCUACUGUCUUGUCCACCAACAUCAUUACCCUGGAGGGUCUUUUCUACAGGAUCUCCUUUCUUGUCAAUGACAAGGAGGCCGAAGUAAGAGAGUCUGAUGUUGAGAAAACUGUUGCACAAUGGCUCAAUCAAACGUUCCAAAACUGGACACACAUGGUCUAUGUCGCUAAUGUCAGUGUCCAACCUAGCAGUGACUUACAGCUAGAGAGUAAAAGAUACACCUGCCAGGCCCUGCUGGUCUACAAGACCACCACCAACGUGACCCUGGGAGAAGCUGCCAUCUCCACCAGGAUGGGCAGAAGCGGCGCCAGCAUCAGCAACGGACUGGAGCUAGACACUGUCGCCGUGCAGUCUAUCGAGAACUGCACAGGGGAAACUCCCAUCCAUUACAUCUGGCCAGAGAGCAGACCAACGGUCACUCAGUACAUCCCUUGUUUCCCCAACAAAGACCAGACUGCAUCCAGAACAUGUGUGAUCAGCCCCCUGAAUUACACAGCGUUUUGGGGCGCCCCAGACCUCAGCAAUUGCAUUGAUAUCGAUACCAUCAAAGUGUCAGCAGAGAAUGCUGCCGAAGUCGCCGUCCAGCUUGAUGACAUCACCAACAACGAGCUCUCCACAGACGAGGUGUUCAAGGUGGUGGGAAAGGUUAAGGAGCUGGUCAAAGUGGCUAAGAUCAACACCCCUCUGGCCAAAACCGUAGUUAGCAUCCUCUCUAACGUGAUGACCAGCUCCGUGUCAGCCCUGGCUGCAGCCUCAGAGUGGACAUUGAAGACGGUGGAUGAGCUGGUUCAGAAGAUAGAGUUUGAUGGGCCUACAGAAAACAUAACCUCUAAAAAUCUGGCUCUGGGAAUUUCAGCCCUCAACUACAGCAAGUUCAAUGGGACCUCCUUCAGUGCCUUCAUACACCCCAACACCACAGACCUCCAGAUUGCCUUUAAGUCGGAUCAGCUGAACCCCCUGGCUCAGGUCACACUGCCAGCUACACUGCUCAACAACCUGACCCUGACCAAUGCUGAGAUCGCUGCUGUCUCCAGGAUCAACUUCAUGUUCUUCCGCAAAACAGGACUGUUCCAGGAUAAACAGGACGGGCUAUAUCUUAACAGCUAUGUUGUGGCCAGCAGUGUGGGCAAUUACUCCAUCAGUAACCUGCAGGAUCCCGUGGAGAUCGAGAUAGUACACCUGAACUACCAGACAAAACCAAAGCCAACCUGCGUGUUCUGGGAUUUCACCAUGAAGAAUGGUGCAGGUGGCUGGAACAGUAAAGGCUGCAGGGUUAAUCCCAUGUCCAAUAGAAACAAGACUAUCUGCCUCUGUGAUCAUCUCACACACUUUGGCAUCCUAAUGGAUAUCUCUGGAUCCGCUGCACAGAUUGAUGAGAAAAACACCAAGAUUCUCACUUUUAUCACCUACAUCGGAUGUGGCAUAUCGGCCAUCUUUUCUGCUGCAACGCUUAUGACUUAUAUUGCCUUUGAGAAGUUACGUCGUGACUACCCCUCUAAGAUCCUGAUGAACCUGAGCACGUCGCUGCUGUUCCUCAACAUGGUGUUCCUAUUGGAUGGCUGGCUGGCUUCCUUCGAUGUGGAGGGCCUGUGUGUAGCCGUGGCCAUCUUCCUCCACUUCUUCCUGCUCACAUCCUUCACCUGGAUGGGCCUCGAGUCCAUCCACAUGUACAUCGCCCUGGUCAAAGUCUUCAACACCUACAUCCGGAGGUACAUCCUCAAGUUCUGCAUCGUCGGCUGGGGUCUGCCUGCUGUGAUAGUGGCCAUAGUGGUAGCUUUUGACAGAAACUCCUAUGGGAAAAUGCAGUAUGGAAAGGGGGAGACUGGACAAGGCUCUUCUGAAUUCUGUUGGAUCCGGAGCCAGGUGGUGUUCUAUGUGACGUGUGUGGGCUACUUCUCUGUCCUCUUCCUCCUGAACGUCGCCAUGUUCAUCGUGGUUAUGAUCCAGAUCUGCGGUCGUAACGGGAAGCGCAGCAACCGCACACUGCGUGAGGAAGUGCUGAGGAACCUGAGGAGCGUCAUCAGUCUCACCUUCCUCCUGGGCAUGACCUGGGGCUUCGCCUUCUUCGCCUGGGGACCCGUCAACCUGGCCUUCAUGUACCUCUUCUCCAUCUUCAACUCACUGCAGGGUACAGGGCCUCCCUAUGGUUUAUUCAUCUUCAUAUUCCACUGUGCACUGAAGGAGAAUGUCCAGAAACAGUGGAGGAGAUACUUGUGUUUUGGCAGAUUCCGCCUGUCAGACAACUCAGAAUGCAGCAAGACAGCCACUAACAACACCAAAAAGGCCAGCUCAGACACCGUGAGGAAGUCCCUGUCCUCCAGUUCUUUUGGCUCCAGUACAGCAAACUGGACUUCCAAGGCUAAAGCAACUCUAAACCCCUUUGCAAAGCGCAGCAGGAAUGCAGAUGUAGCCCACCAAUAGCACGAAGGAGAACCUCCUGAGGUAAAGGUUACUCCAACCAGACCAAUGCUAAAACUGUCUCCUCAGAGGGUGAGGACUCCUCCUCCAUCAUUCCCGUGCACCAGGUCAUUGACAAGGUCAAAGGUUACUGCUCGGUGCGCUCCGACAACUUCUACAAGAACAUUAUCAUGUCGGACACCUUCAGCCACAGCACCAAGUUCUAGACCACCCAGCACUUCUCUUCCUCUUCCUCCUCCUGCUGCUGCUAGCCCCUAACCCUGGGUGAUCUCCCCAGUCCACAAUGUCACCCCAGGGUUGUAGCCUCCAGAGCAGCAGGACGGUAGCUAGUAGUAUGAAUAUGUGUAUACUGUACAAAAUUUGACUCAAUCUGCUGGUCCAGUCAGUACUGAAAAGAGAAAUGUUGAAAUGUAUAGUUCUAUAGAAAAGAAACGGGAGAAGCAGAGAAUGGAGUUUGCAAUGUACAUACUGUGAUGCUAAUCUUCAACUGGCUAUGUGUUGUGUUAUUAUUGAUGGUAUAUCUAAUAGGCCCCCGUAUAAUUGCUUCUCAGUUUGUGUUGCACAUGCCUAGGGUUCUCAGCAGGGUUAUCCUUUCCUGUACAGAAAUAUCAUCCAUUUUAGCUGUUCCGUUCUCAUUAUGCAGUCUGUAGAAUGAACGAAAAACAUCAAAUCUGGACUAAAUGUUCAGGCAUAGGCCUAUAUUUCAGACCCAAAGACUAACAUGAGGGAGUUUUUAAAAGCUGUAGCAUUGUCAAUGUGUGUUGAAAAUGGAACGGGUUUAGGUGGAGUUGUAAUUUGUAGUCGUCUGUUUGUGAAUCUUGUGUGUGCUUUUAGCUGGAAAGCAAUAUUAUUCUCCUUUACAGUGCCUUACAUGAGGAUGUUUUGCAUAAAGUGCUUACUUUAUCUUGGUCAGCCUAUCAACAUCAUCAUCAACACUAUGAUGAAAUGAUUUUUCAUGUAUAUUUUUUAAAUAUUAAGCUUCAGAUGCUCUACUACUGAAUAACACAUGCAGAAAGGAAUGUGUAGAAUUGGUCCAUUAAUUUCUACUUCAUUUUGUUAACUUUGACUGAGGACAACCUCUGUGGGUGAUCUGUGUGUCAAGUGUAAUUUCUCUGACUGUUCUAUGGAUAGAGGUUACCAAACCCCAACCAUUAAACCUGGAUAUGGUAAGGUAGGCCUAGAUUCAGUCCGUAUCGCGGAAGAUCCGCGCUAUAGCGCGAAUGAAAUUUCAAGGCAAUGUUUCGGCAUUCACGGAGACGGCGUUCAUGGUAAACACAGCAUAUGUUGGCGCAAUCGGAAAUUUCCUUUACAUUUUACUUGCGCUAUAACGUUUAUCUUCUGCGAUACGGAUUGAAUCCAGUUCAUAGUUUCAUAAACAUUCCACAUUGAAUCAUUUCACAAUAGAGCAACUCACAGCACAAUGUUUAGUACAGUACUGAUUGAAAAGGGACUACAAACACUGACAUUAUUUGUUCAUCCAAGUUAAUGCCAACAUUUGUAAGCAGCUAAAUGUUAAUCUGCUCUUCAUUGUUGCUUUACUUCACUUAGUCUUCUUUUCCCACCAAUAGGGGAACUGAAUAUAUUGCGUUGUGGUAAAUGUUGCUGUGUGAGCUAUUGUUUUGCGUUUGUGAAGCAAUGGAACAAUUUUGUUGUUUUACUGUAUCUUUAUAUUUAUUUCUAUAGAGCUUUUUACAUUUGUUGUUCAUCUUGAAUCCCCAAUGCCAGUGGAUCAGGACUAUGCCCAUAGAUAGAUAGAUAGAUAGAUAGAUAGAUUUGGAGAGAUGCAGCUUGGCGGCAAAACAAAGCAUUGAUCUUGACCUGGGCAGGCGAACAGGGCCAGUUAUAUUUUGGAAGCAGUCAGAGCUCUCAAUUGUUAUUUUCCAGCAUCAAGAAAAUAAUUGAAACAUCGCGAAAGAAAUUCCCUCGGCCCGAAUUUGUUAUGAUAGAGACAUUGCUUGGAAAGGUUCUCGUGUUGAACAUAUUUGGGGUCUUCAAUUCAAGAAUGUGUGGGGGGGGAUUAUAAAGUGGUUUGAGCUAAUACGAUGUAGUUCUCAGCUUUACUUUGAAUUAGAUCAUGACUGCGCUGCCAUCAUCUUUAUAGAUAUUUGCAUAAAAUAUUCCAAAUGAUCCUCUAGGUUAUAUCUUAUCUAGUUCUAUCAAUGCAGAGGGAAUCCAGACGUGAUUUGUUUCUGAUUCAUUUGUACAUGUCUCUAUUAAUUUAAUAGGGACACAGAGCUAGAAAAUCACUAUGGCUACAUCCAAACCAACACUGUUCCUUAGUGUUCACUCUGAUGAAUGUGGCUGGUCUGGCUGUAUUCCAAAACAUUUUCCAGACCCUGUUGUUUGUUUUUCCACAACUCCUGACAAUAAUAUAUUUUCAUGAAGCUGUCUCUAUGUCUCAACAGCAUUGACGAGUUGUGUCUCACCAAUAAAGGGAAUGAAAAGUA